AUGAGCGGCAAGAUGAUGAUCUACAAGCUGGUGGUUCUGGGAGAUGGCGGUGUUGGCAAGACGGCGCUCACAAUCCAGACGUACGAUCCAACGAUCGAGGACUCCUACCGAAAGCAGACCGUUAUCGAUGACCAGCCGUGCAUGCUCGAGGUUCUCGACACGGCAGGGCAAGAGGAGUACACUGCGUUGCGAGACCAGUGGAUCCGCGAGGGCGAGGGCUUCCUGCUGGUCUACUCGAUCUCGGCAAGAGCCACCUUUGAGCGCGUGGAGCGGUUCCGAAGCCAGAUUUCCCGGGUCAAGGACCAAGAACCACACACGGUGCCGAUCAUGUUGGUGGGCAACAAAUGCGACAAGGUCAACGAGAGGGAGGUCUCGCGAGAAGAGGGGCAGGCGCUGGCCAACCGGCUCGGCUGCAAGUUUGUCGAGUCGAGCGCAAAGACGUGCGUCAACGUCGAGCGGGCGUACUACACGGUGGUCCGCAUGAUCCGGGAGCAGCGGGAAGGCACGACGAGCGGGAAAGAGCGCAAGAAGAAGUCACGCUGCAACAUCCUCUGA